ACCCUCCCCUGCCUGGCACCAGCCACUCUUCUCUGUUCCCUUCCCUGGUGCAGCGGCAGGACCUGCGGGAGCAGCCUGAAGGUAGCCUUGGAGACCAAGAAACUGCCUGAAUCCUGAUCCUGGGGAGAGAAACCCAUGGGGAAUGGAAUGAGCAAGGUUGUCACAGGCCUCUACCUCGGGAAUAUCCGUGACUCUGAGGACCACGAAAACCUACUGAAGAAUGGGGUGACCCACAUCCUCUCUGUCUACAACGGUGCCAAGCCCGUGCUGGAGGACAUGACCUAUCUGUGUAUCUCGGCCUCAGAUUCAUCCAGUCAAAACCUGCUGCAGCAUUUUAAGGAGAGCAUCAAGUUCAUCCACGAAUGCCGGCUUGGUGGGGGAGGCUGCCUUGUCCAUUGCCUGGCCGGGGUCUCCCGCAGCACCACCAUCCUGGUGGCUUAUCUGAUGACAGUGACAGAGCUGGGCUGGGAGAGCUGCCUGGCUGCCACCAAGGCUGUGAGACCCUAUGUCAGCCCCAACUCUGGCUUCCAGCAGCAGCUGCAGGAAUACGAGAGGACCCUGCUACAGGAGUAUCGUGCCUGGAUCCGCCGUGACUAUGGCAGGAACCCAUUCCAGGACCAGGAGGAGCUGCAGCGCUUGCUGGGCCAGCAGAAGCAGGAGCAGAAGGAGCAGCAGCUGGGGAGCUCCUGGUUCCGCUCUGCAGCUCCCACCUACCCACCUCCCUGCCACACCGGUGGCACUGGCGGCAGCAGAUGGAUGAACAGAUAAGCAGCUGCUCUUGGGCAGGCAUUGGCCUUGGGGCUCAGAAAACUCACUUCCCUUUGCCAAGCACCUCUGGGGGUUCCUGUCUGGGGCAGAAAGCUGCCAGCACCGGCCAUGGGCUCCGGGGCUGGAGCUGGAGGGACAGGACUUGCAGACCACCCUCUUGGCUGCCAGUUUAGUGUGUACCCCUGGGCAAACCAGUUAAUUGGUGACAGUGUCUUGCUCUGCCCUGUUCCUCCAUUCCCAAUGGAUCAUGGCCACUUUCCAUCCUCAGAGCAGCAGCCAGCCCUGUCCCUCUCUCUGACACCUGGAUACCUGGCUGCUUCUCUGGCAGGGCAUAGGAAUGAUGAUGCAGACAUUGGAAAGCCACGGUGGGAUGAGAUGGAGAGAGGCCACCUUGUUCUCUGCUUUGCAGUGACACUGGGGCCAAUGCAGCUUGCCCUGAGGAGGGAGGGAUGAAUCCUGAGUGUGGAGAUGCUGCUUAGCCCUGUCUGGCACCCAGAGGGGUGGGGAGAGGGGCUGGGGGCUCCGGGGGCUGCAGAUGCCCCUCGAUGUUCUUGGACUUUCCUGGUCUAGCCUGUCCUUGGCCAACAUCUAUCUGGCAUUUUUCUUAACCCACCCCCAGGGAGUGGGGAAAUCCAACAGCGCUGGAGGCUGCCUGUCCCACUGCUUCCAUCCCCAGAGCCAGAGAGGUUUUGGGUUUUCCCUGAGCCUGAUCUGAAUGUCCCUGUUUGCAAAAGAAGCCAACUGCUUGGUUGGACUCAGUCAACCCAUGGACCAGUUUAAUGCUGUCCCUUUCCUACAGCAUUUUUAAUAUCAAAAGAUCAUGACCAUGUCCUGCUUUUCAUCCCAGACUCAUUUCCAGGACUUUCAUUGGCAGGACUCCUCCUAUCUGUCCUACAAGGAAGGGAUCUCAUACCAUUGAUUCAGCCCUUCCACAUGGAAACCUUCAAGCCUUCCAUACCACUUUGGCAUUUUACUAUAAAUACCUUGUUUGGCUUCUCAAAAAUAUCUGUUCUGAAAUUCCUUCUGAGAAAAAAGGCAUUAAAAAUAUUUCUAGGAAUUCUCUUAAUGAAAACUUCUGGGUACUCGAAGUGUAACAGCAUCAGAGGUGACUCACCCAAAUCCUAAUAAAGAGAAGAAUGAUUAAAACCAUGA